UAGUAGCAAUCUUCGCUUCGAAAUGAUCAAGAGUGCAUUGUUAGUUGGGCUUUUCGUCCUUUGCGUCAGCGCCGUUGACGAGAAGAAACAAUCCAAGAGAGGUCUCGCCGGAUCCCUCGGAACUUUUGGUGGGUAUGGAACUGGAUUAGGAGGUUACGAACUCGGAGCAGGAUCUUUGGGAGGAGUCGGUCUUGGUGGAUAUGGUCUGGGAGGAGUCGGCUUUAGUGGAGUCGGUCUUGGUGGAUCUGGUCUCGGUUAUGCCUCUGGUCUCGGCUACGGUGCAGGCGCUGUUGGCGUCGGUACCGCUGGAUUCGGCCUCGGUUCAGCUGGACUCGGCUACGGUGGAGUUGGACUCGGCUACGGUGGAGUUGGAGUCGGCUACGGUGGAGUUGGAGUCGGAACUGUCUCAACUGUCGCAGCACCAUCCACCGUCCACCACAGACAGGAAACAGUUGCUGUACCAGUACCCCAACCCGUGCCAGUCACCGUCACGAGAACUCAACAAGUGCCGGUACCCCAACCCGUGCCCGUCGACGUCCCUAGGCCCGUCCACGUCCCCGUCGCUCACCCCGUACCCGUAAGCGUACCCAGGCCUUACCCAGUCACCGUCACCCGCACAUACCCCGUUCCAGUCACUCACCAAGUCCCUGUCCCUGUACCUCAACCCUACCCUGUAUCCGUUCCCCAACCCUACCCCGUUACUGUCACCAGGAAAGUACCUUAUUCCGUACCCGUUCCUCACGUUGUUCCCGUACCUACCAAAGUCGUCCACCCCACACCUGUUGUUCACGCAGCUCCUGUUGUUCACGCCGCCCCAGUACUCGCCGGUGGCGUCGGAUUAGCCUCUUACGGUACUGAACUUAGCGGAGGAAGCUUGGGCUUCGGAUCAGUUGGACAUUCCUUCGGUCAUUCCCUUGGCUCUUACGGGCUUGGAAGUUCCUACGGAUUGGGUCACGCUUGGUCGAGAGCAUCUUCAAACAUGAUUAGUAGCAAUCUUCGCUUCGAAAUGAUCAAGAGUGCAUUGUUAGUUGGGCUUUUUGUCCUUUGCGUCAGCGCUGCUGAGGAAAAGAAACAAUCCAAGAGAGGCCUCGCCGGAUCUCUCGGAACUUACGGUGGGUAUGGAACUGGAUUAGGAGGUUACGAACUCGGAGCAGGAUCUUUGGGAGGAGUCGGUCUUGGUGGAUAUGGUCUGGGAGGAGUCGGCUUUAGUGGAGUCGGUCUUGGUGGAUCUGGUCUCGGUUAUGCCUCUGGUCUCGGCUACGGUGCAGGCGCUGUUGGCGUCGGUACCGCUGGAUUCGGCCUCGGUUCAGCUGGACUCGGCUACGGUGGAGUUGGACUCGGCUACGGAGGAGUUGGAGUCGGAGCUGUCUCAACUGUCGCAGCACCAUCCACCGUCCACCACAGACAGGAAACAGUUGCUGUACCAGUACCCCAACCCGUGCCAGUCACCGUCACGAGAACUCAACCCGUGCCAGUACCCCAACCCGUGCCCGUCGACGUCCCCAGACCCGUCCAAGUCCCCGUCGCUCACCCCGUACCCGUAAGCGUACCCAGGCCUUACCCAGUCACCGUCACCCGCACAUACCCCGUCCCGGUCACCCACCAAGUCCCUGUGCCUGUACCUCAACCCUACCCUGUAUCCGUUCCCCAACCCUACCCCGUUACUGUCACCAGAAGAGUGCCUUAUUCCGUACCCGUUCCUCACGUUGUUCCCGUACCUACCAAAGUGGUCCACCCCACACCUGUUGUUCACGCAGCUCCCGUUGUUCAUGCAGCUCCUGUUGUUCACGCCGCCCCAGUACUCGCCGGUGGCGUCGGAUUAGCCUCUUACGGUACUGGAUUUAACGGAGGAAGCUUGGGCUUCGGAUCGGUUGGUCAUUCCUUCGGUCAUUCCCUUGGCUCUUACGGCCUUGGAAGUUCCUACGGAUUGGGUCACGCUUGGUAGAUCUAUAAAUCAUCUGACAUCAUUUUAUCAUUGUAAAUACGCAUUGUCAUUCACUUUUUUAUCUUAAUAGAUUUUAAUAUAUACAUCA